GAGUUUUGAAUUCGCAUUCAGACAGUUCAGUUAAUCGGUUCAAUUUAAAGCUGACCGCGCGUAUAUGAAUCGCAUACAAAGUUUACACAGUAUAUAAUUUAAGUGGUUACGCCGUAAUUGCAAUCUGCCAAUUAGAUUGAAUUCAUCAAGUAAAUUGGAUUAUUUUGUAAUCGGACUAGCGAAGAAAUGGCACCACCAACAAUGCGACCGAUUGCGUUUUUGUGGAUUUUAGCUAUUUUCACAAUAGAAUCUAUCGAUGCCGACCAAAGUCAGGAUAGAUCGUUUCGAGUGGACUAUAAGACUGACCAAUUUCUCAAAGAUGGUAAACCAUUUCGAUAUGUUGCCGGUGAAUUUCACUAUUUUCGAGCACUUCCGCAAACUUGGAGAGAAAAGUUACGUACACUGCGAGCUGCCGGUUUAAAUGCAGUUACCACUUAUGUUGAAUGGUCGCUACAUAAUCCGACUGAUGGUAAUUAUGUGUGGGAUGGAAUAGCCGACGUUGAAGAGUUUAUUCGAUUGGCUGCUGAAGAAGAUUUGUUUGUAAUUUUUCGACCGGGACCAUACAUUUGUGCUGAACGAGAUAUGGGAGGAUUUCCGUUUUGGCUUUUAUCAAAAUAUCCGAAUAUUAAACUUCGCACCAGUGAUCCAAAUUACUUAAAAGAGGUUGGCAUUUGGUAUGAAAAACUAAUGCCACGUAUGCAGAAAUUUUUGUAUGGAAAUGGUGGUCCGAUUAUAUUGGUUCAAAUUGAAAACGAAUACGGUGCAUUUGGAUGCGACAAUCCAUAUUCGUUGUGGUUGAGAGAUGAGACGAAUAAAUAUGUUGGCGAUAAGGCUGUUCUAUUCACCAAUGACAUUGUCCGAGAAAAAGAUCUACAGUGUGGUAAAAUUGAAAACGUUCUUGCUACAUUGGACUUUGGAAUUGGUAAUAAACCGACCAUUGAAUCGCAUUGGACACUAUUGAGAAAGCACCAACCUAACGGGCCACUUGUGAACUCCGAAUUUUAUCCCGGUUGGUUUACACACUGGCAAGAACCGCCCGCCAAAGUUGAUCCGGGACCAGUCGCUGAAAGUUUGAGAUAUAUUUUGGAAAAGGGGGCCAGUGUUAGUUUUUACUUGUUUUUCGGUGGAACAAACUUUGGCUUUACAGCUGGUGCCAAUUAUGCGGGGCCGGGAAACUAUAAGGCCGAUAUCACUAGUUAUGAUUAUGAUGCACCAAUGGACGAAACUGGAGAUGUGACACCGAAAUAUGAAAUACUUCGAAAUGUCAUCAAAGACUUUCUACCUCUUCCAAACAUUUCGAUUCCGAUAAAAUCACCGAAAAUGAAAAUACCAACAAUCGAAGUGCAUCCAAAAACCACACUACUUUCAUCGAUUUCAAGGCAAUUUUUGGGCCGUGCAGUGAUAACAUCCGAAAAACCACUUACAUUCGAAGAAAUCAAUCAAUUUUCAGGCUUUGUUCUUUACGAAACGGAAUUGCCGAAGCUGAAAUUGGACCCCAGCGUUUUGACUAUUCCAACGUUACACGAUCGUGCAAUUGUUACCAUAGAUGGCAAAUUCGUGGGUGUGCUUUCGCGUGAAAAUUUGGCCAAUUCAUUGCCGAUUAGUGCUGGCUUCGGCAAAGUGCUGCAAAUUUUGGUUGAAAAUCAGGGUCGCAUUAAUUUCGAUAUUGCGAACGACUUUAAAGGUAUCAUUGGUGAUGUGCUAUUGAAUGAUGUCACACUGAAAAAUUGGAAUAUUACCGGUUUCCCCUUUGAGAAUUCGACACAAAUCGAUGAAUUAAUUGCAGCCGUUGAUCAAGACUCUGAAAUGAAUACGAUCAAAGUUCGAACAUGCGAGCAUUUGCGAUCGCUUCCAAUGAUUUUCCACGGCACAUUCGACGUAGAUGAUAUCGCUGACAUGUUUGUUAAUCCAAUCAAAUGGGGCAAGGGAUUUAUUUUCGUGAAUGGUUUCAAUUUGGGACGAUAUUGGCCAUUGGUUGGUCCGCAAAUUACAUUGUAUUUACCAAAGGAAAUUUUACGGAAGCAACAAAACACCAUUGUUGUCGUUGAAUUGCAACGGGCACCGAAAAAUGGUCACGUUAAAUUCAGCGAUAAACCAAUUAGCAUCAAAGAAAAUUAGCACUCGUUCGCAUUGCGAACAUCCGCAAUUUAAAGUUUUCACUCGUAAAAAGUUUUUAUUUGAAUAAAAGUAAACAAAAUGAUUUUUGGCAA